AUGUCUAAACUACAGUCGUUUUGUGUGUUUUUAAAUGAGCGCUUAAUGACGGAUGAUGUGGAGAUUUUCGGGGCAGUUGAGAAAACGGUAGUGGAGUAUCAGGAGGAGAAUGAUCGGCUACGGAGAAUGCUGCGGAUCACACCAGAGAUUAAAUUAUGCAGAAUCGGUACAUAUGUAGAUUUGCUGUUUGCUGGCUAUAGUUCUAGUCAAACAGUGAUCACCAUUUUAAUCUUUUAAAGAACAGUUAUCUACUGUAUAUUUUACCAUGAAUAGAUUAAAAGGUUGACUUCACGAAAAGCGUCUUGUCAAGGAAGUGAGUUUGUGUUAAUACAACGUCCUUCACAACAGCUCUGCCUGGGAAGCGCAAGAAGUAUGAAUGCCCUGACUUCUGCAGAGGCCUUUUCACCGUAAAAUGCUGCAAGGCCGACGCAAACGUAGCACAUGGGGGAUGUGUGCAAUUUACUCCUCAGCCUUAAGUGUCCCGCUUGCAUCGCUUCAUUAGCUAGGCUAAGAUGCUUGAGGACUGCGGUCAAGUGUGUUUGUGCCCGAGUUCGAGCCCAGGUAUGGGCCGAAUCGGGAGGAAGUGGUACUCGCUAUGAAAGCAGCGUGACGUCCUUUACACAGACGUUGGAUUGACUAUGCAGCACCUUUUUUAAGGCUAUGGCUGCUAAAAAAAAAGAACAGUAAUCUGCGCCACUCAUGUUGUCAACAAUUUUUAAAAUGGUGCAUUGUUCAGAAACAUACUAUUUUCCAUAAAAUAAAUGUUAGAAUUUUCAAACUAGUUUUCAUUGGGAAGGCGGAUAAAAAAAAAAUUAAAAAAAAAAAAGCAAUCACAGAAUCCUACUCAUUACUCCACAUGCUUAACCUACGCCACGUCACUUUUGUUUUGAGGGGACUUCGCGGUUGGCCAGAACACGGCACCUGGCUCACGCCCGGGAGGCAGCCCAGUUCCAAAUCUAAUGCAAUCAAAGCUAACCCGGUUCACUUGGAGCUACCCCAUUCAUAGACGCGAACUGCUUUAACGCCUAUUGACGAUAGUAUCUUCUGACCGUGGGGUGUUUUGUUAAGAGCCCCUCUUGCUGUAAACCUCUAACACGCAUCGCUUGCGGUACUGUUUUGUAAAUGUAUAUUUCAUAUCAGAUAAAAUACUACCGGCCUUUAUAGGGCUGUUAGUGUUCCCACGCGGUCGUAAAAAUCGCAAACGGCCACCUGGCCAAGGAAUGGCGCCCUUUGUGAAAAGGUAUAUGAAAGUUAUAUGACAAACUGUACCAUACACUCUGAAUGACCUAACAUUAUUAAUCCCACAUUGGUCUUUCAGUCAGGGAAUCCCUAGCGGUACUGUGCAGUAGGCUAAUAGUGGGCCUACUAUUGAAACGAUCAAAAUGACAAAAAACAGGUUUUUAGAAAAUACAAAACGGAAAUAUUACAUUUACAUAAGUAUUCUGACCCUUUACUCAGUACUUUGUUGAUGCACCUUUGGCAGUGAUUACAGCCUCGAGGCUUCUUGAGCAUGAUGCUACAAGCUUGGCACACCUGUAUUUGGGGAGUUUAUCCCAUUAUUCUCUGCAGAUCAUCUCAAGCUCUGUCAGGUUGGAUGGGGAGCGUCGCUGCACAGCCGUUUUCAGGUCUCUUCAUAGACGUUUGAUCGGGUUCAAGUCCAGGCUCUGGCAGGGCCACUCAAGGACAUUCAGAGACUUGUCCUGAAGCCACUCCUGCGUUGUCUUGGCUGUGUGCUUAGGGUUCAUUGUCCUGUUGGAAGGUGAGCCUUCACCCCAGUCUGAGGUCCUGAGCGCUCUGGAUCAGGUUUUCAUCAAGGAUCUCUCUUUGCUCCAUUCAUCUUUCCCUCAAUCCUGACUAGUCUCCCAGUCCCUGCUGCUGAAAAACAUCCCCACAGCAUGAUCCUGCCACCACGAGCCUUCACCGUAGGGAUGGUGCCAGGUUUCCUCCAGACGUGACGCUUGGCAUUCAGGCCAAAGAGUUGAGUCUUGGUUUCAUCAGACCAGAUAGUCUUGUUUCUUAUGGUCUGAGAGUCUUUAGGUGCCUUUUGGCAAACGCCAAGCGGUCUGUCAUGUGCCUUUUACUGGCCACUUCCAUAAAAGCCUGAUUGGUGGAGUGCUGCAGAGAUGGUUGUCCUUCUGGAAGGUUCUCCCAUCUCCACAGAGGAACUCUGAAGCGCUGUCAGUGUGACCAUCAGGUUCGUGGUCACCUCCCUGACAAAGGCCCUUCUCCCCCGAUUGCUCAGUUUGGCCGGGCGGCCAGCUCUAGGAAGAGUCUUGGUGGUUCCAAACAUCUUCCAUUGAAGAAUGAUGGAGGCCACCGUGUUCUUGGGGAUCUUCAAUGCAGCAAAAAAAGGUUUGGUACCCUUCCCCAGAUCUGUGCCUCGACACAAUCCUGUCCCGGCGCUCUACGGACAAUUCCUUCGACCUCAUGGCUUGGUUUUUGCUAUUGUAUUGUCAACUGUGGGACUAUAUAUAUUUACCACUGGUGGACUCCAAUCAAGUUGUAGAAACAUCUCAAGGAUGAUCAAUGGAAACAGGAUGCACCUGGGCUCAAUUUCCAGUCUCAUAGCAAAGGGUCUGAAUACUUAUGUAAAUAAGCUAUUUCCAUUUAUUUUAUACAUUUGCCAACAUUUCUAGAAAAGUGUUUUCGCUUUGUCAUGGGGUAUUGUGUGUAGAUUGAGGAACAUUAUUUAAUCAAUUUUAGAAAAAAGGCUAACGUAACAAAAUGUGGAAGAAGUCAAUGGGUCUGAAUACGAAUGCACUGUGUAUAGAUUUUUUUUUUAGUGUAGUUUUAAUUCAACUGUGUACCUAGCACUGUUAGUGCUGUGUCUGCAGCACAUGAGCUACAGUUUGCUUAACACUGGAUUGAUGCAAAUAAUCAUUAUAUCAUUCUGCCAGGUAGACGUAGGCUACUUUGUAGCUAGUUUACAUUUAUUUUGGGAACACCUUCCAAUCUACCAGAAGACGGUUAGGCCCAUCGCUAUAUAUUUUUCGUAGGCCUACCGCUGUGCUGCCCCUUAAAAUGCGAAGAGAAUCAUUUAUGUUUAUCAACAUUUUAAGCUAAACAUUCUGAUCUGUUCCACUACACCACUGGCUGUGCGUCACCCACGAACGUGUGUCACAAUGGGCUCCGCAGCUUUAGACUCUGCUUUAAUCCACCCGCUCUACGUCACUUGUUUUGUGAAGACUUCGCCGUUGACCAGGAGGCAGCCCGGUUCUAAAACAAAUGCAGUCGCUUUUCACACUGUGCAAAGUCCGCUCAGCCAGGCCAUCUUAAUCGAACCCCCUUAAUCACUUGUGUCAAGUGAAAAACGUCCUCUCCCAUGUGUGUAAAUGUUUGGGUCGCGCUGACUGAUGCUGUCGUCUCCUUCUGAUGCUGCAGCUAACAUGGUGUAACAGACGUUUUUAAGACACUGUUGCCUUCCAAAUCUAGGAUGAAGGAAGUAUCGCCAAGUAUGACUGGUUGAUAGUUGUUUUACCUUUUAUUGACAAUGGAACCUCUGCUCAACCUCAGGCACAAGCUUUAACUAAGCCGCUGGAGGUUUGAGCCUGCUUGGCUAAAUAGAUCAGAGAUCUAUAGAUCACGUGGAUGAUAGUCCCUCCUGUAGCUCAGUUGGUGUGGCUUGCAUCGCCAGGGUUGUGGGUUCGAUUCCCACGGGGGGCCAGUAUGAAAAAUGUAUGCACUCACUUAACUGCAAGUCGCUCUGGAUAAGAGCGUCUGCUAAAUGACUAAAAUGUAAAAAAAAUGAUUUAAGUGUUCUAUUUAAUUCUGUGCUAUAUAGAUAACCUCUGCUCCUUCCAUCCAGACUCCAUGCAGCUCUCUGUCUCUGAAGAGGAGGUUCCCCCUGAGCAGCAGCACUGUGAGCAGGAGUGGAGCCCCAGUCUGGGGCAGGAGGACCCAGAGCCCACACAGAUUAAAGAGGAACAGGAGGAACUCAGGACCAGUCAGGAGGAAGAGCAGCUUCAAGGGCUCUUUGAUACCAAAGACUCCAUAUUCACUCCUUCCUGUGUGAAAAUUGAAUGUGAUCAGGAGGACCCACUUCACGAAGCCAUACUAGCUGAAUACCCAACUCUCAGUCCACUGAAAAUGUCUAAACUACAGUUGUUGCGUGUGUUUUUAAAUGAGCGUUUAACGGCAUCUGCUGCGAUUGAGAUUUUCAGUGCAGUUGAGAAAACAGUAUUGGAGUACCAGGAGGAGAAUGAUCUGCUACGGAGACUGCUGCGGAUCACACCGGAAAUACAAUUAUGUCGAAUAGGUUCGUAUUUAGAUAUACUGAAACUGUAG